CGCUAUCUUUUUUAUUUAUAUAAGAACUAAGAAGACACACCUCUCCGGUUACACAUGAAAAACCAUCCCAUCGAAUUAAUAGUAGUCAACUGCUCUCAGAUUAAAGUAAUAAAGUCAGCCAUUUUGAUUCUCAAUCACAAAUGCAUUCGUCCCCCCGUUUCACAUCUCCACUCCCUGACACCGACGCCGCCGCCGCCAUACGACCGGGAUACCAUGAAGUUGACACUCAAUCAGAGUCCUCAUCGGAGGACAAUAACAACGCGCGAAACAUGAACCACCGCCGCCGGCGUUCUUACAUGAAGCUUCUGAUCAUCAAUUAUAUCAUGCUCUUCAUCGGUUCCGUUUCUUCCAGCUUGCUUUCCAAGUUUUACUUCAACCACAAAGGCAACAGUAAAUGGGUUUCCACCUGGGUCCAAUCCGCCGGUUUUCCCCUCCUCCUUUUCCCCAUUUUCCUCCCUUACUAUCUUUUCAAAACCACCACCCGGAAACCCUUUAAAAAAUUCAGCCGGAAAAUACUCCUUCUCUCCGUCGUUGUCGGCUUGUUCUUGGGCCUCAACAAUUUACUGUUUUCAUGGGGAGUUUCUUAUUUACCCGUUUCGACUUCUUCGCUUCUUCUUUCAACCCAACUCGUUUUCACUUUAAUCCUGUCUGUAAUCAUCGUGAAACAGAGAAUUAAUUUCAAAAAUCUCAAUUGUGUAAUUCUCUUGAGUUUGAGUGUGGUUCUCUUAGCCUUGGGGUCGGAUCAUGACAAAGCUGAUGGAUUAUCCAAAAAGAAGUAUUUUAUCGGGUUCAUUUCGACUGUCGGGGCGGGUUUGUUGUUUGCCCUGUAUCUACCCGUUAUGGAGCUGAUUUACAGGGAAGUUUAUUGUUAUUCCAUGGUGAUGGAAAUGCAAUUGAUCAUGGAGAUCGGGGCGACGGCUUUCGCCACCGCGGGGAUGGCGGCGGACGGCGGAUUUGCGGAAAUGAGGAAUGAGAGCUUGAGGGUGUUUGACUUGGGUGAGAAGGCGUACUGGUGGACCAUCUGGUUUAACGUGGUGACGUGGCAGCUCUGCUUCAUGGGCACCGCCGGGAUGGUCUUUUUGACGACAGGGUUGACCGGUGGAAUCUGCAUGACGGCCUUACUGUCGAUGAACGUCGUCGGCGGGGUGGUGGUUUAUGGGGACCAUUUUGGUGGGGUAAAAGCGGUGUCUACAGUGCUCUGUGUUUGGGGAUUUUGUUCCUAUGUGUACGGAAUGUAUGUACGGACGAAGAAGGGGAAGGAAAUGAUCGGCGUUAACGGCGGCGAUGAUGAUCGUCGAGAACAGCCGGUGGUGGAGAUGGCGGCGGUCCGUUCGCAGCGCCUACGGAGUGUGGUAGACGAUGAUGAUGAUGACGUAUGAACAUUCUUGUAUUUCAGGGAAAAAAUACCGCUUAAUUAGUGGUCUUGUCAUUACUCGGUCGUGAUUAAGUGGAAAACAUUGUAGUGAUUAAUUAGUCACUCUAAUGAUUCAGAAUUAAGAUCUCUUUUUGUUGUAAUACCGUCUUAGAUAGGCACCGUGUUACUCCAACCGAACCUCGUAUGUAUUAAUUAUAUCCGAAUCUUAAAAUAUGUAACGGG